AGCUGCUUGCCAUCUACCUCCAUCAUGAUGACAGUGUUCUUACAAAUGUGUUCUGUUCCCAACUGCUGUGUGCUGAAUCUAUUGUCUCCUACCUCAGUCAAAAUUUUAUCACUUGGGCAUGGGACAUGACAAGGGAAUCUAACAGAGCAAGAUUUUUGAGCAUGUGUACGAGACAUUUUGGCAGUGUUGUGGCACAGACCGUUAGAACGUAUAAAACUGAUCAGUUUCCCCUGCUUCUUAUUAUUAUGGGGAAACGAUCAUCCAAUGAAGUUUUGAAUGUGAUUCAAGGUAAUACAACAGUAGAUGAUCUGAUGAUGCGGCUGAUGAAUGCCAUGGAGAUCUUCACAGCGCAACAACAAGAGGAUAUAAGGGAUGAGGAUGAACGUGAAGCAAGAGAAAGGGUGAAACGAGAACAGGAUGAGGCGUACAGAGUUUCUCUGGAAGCAGAUCGAGCUAAGAGGGAAGCACAAGAAAGAGAAAUAGCAGAACAGGUACGCCAAGAGCAGAUUAAAAAAGAACAAGAAGAAGAGCGUGAGGCUAUUCGAUUGUCCCUUGAGCAAUCAUUACCUCCAGAGCCAAGGGAGGAGAGCAUUGAACUUGUCAGCAAGCUACGCAUCAGAACACCACGUGGGGAAUUCUUUGAACGGCGUUUCCUAGCAAGCAACAGGCUGCAAGUUGUCUUUGAUUUUGUGGCUUCCAAAGGCUUCCCAAGGGAUGAAUACAAACUGCUGAGUACCUUCCCUAGAAGAGACGUGACUCAGUUUGAUCCAACUGAAACAUUAAUGGAGGUGAAACUCUAUCCUCAGGAAACACUCUUCCUGGAAGCAAAAGAAUGAAUUCAUCCAUGGGACUCUGACUUCCCAGAUAGUUGAUAAAAGCUCAGCUUAUGUCUGAAAGAUGCAAGAUCCUCCUUUGUUUUGUCCAGCCACAUGCUACAACUAUCUGCCUCUUCCAGAACUCUUAAAUCAACAUCAUCAUUGUAAAAUGCCUGUAUGCUGCCAACCUCUCAAGAAUUGUAGAUGUUUACAAAGAUAUAUAGGAGGAUAGCGAUCUGUGAUGAACACUGACUUCCACCCUUCACACUAUUCUGGCCUAUGUUUAUUCAUCAAUGCACUAUUCAAAGGUGAAGAGAAUUAUCUUAGUUUAGAGUUGGUUUCUUUGUACCCAUUCAACCACAAACCCUGUAUUACAAUUCACCCAGUUUUUUGGAGCAAGUGCUUUGAUUUAAAAUUCUGUAUUUGUUUUAAUUCAAUACAUACUUGAGACUAUGCUCAUAAAUGUGCAUAAUUCCAUGUCUGGAUUUCUACAUAAAGCCUAAUUUAUGAUUUCACAGUAAA